GAAAACUAGAGCCUCUAAUUGGCAGGGUUGCACUUCAAUCAUGGCCUACCGUACUGUGUCUGCCCAUGGCAUGAACAACUCGCGAAGGCCAGGCUUUUCUUGGCAGAAGGAGGACCUGUUGAAGCAUGCUGCUGCAGCCAGAGCACUCGUGUCUCACAUUCCCUAUGGAUCAGACUUCGGGUUGGAUGCAUCGUUAGAGCAGCCCGUGACCUUGGAAGAAUUCCUGCGAAGCUGCAAGCGGCGGCGCAUCGAUGAAGGAGCUCAGUGCUCAAGUGGAAAAGGAGCUGUGCGCGGUUCCAUUGCUUCUUACUUCUUUGUAGCGGUGGAUGACGAAGCCCAGCCCGAGAUUGCUCGCGUGUUUGCAGAAGUUCUUGGCUUGGUGGUGGGCGGUCCUUUAACCUUUCCAUGUUUUCACUCAAGCUGCCCCUUCCGCACAACCACACUUCAAUUUGCCGUCGGAGAUGCUGGCAGUGGAUCCCCGAUGCAUUUUCACCAGGAUGCGGUCAACCUGCUUCUGCUGGGCAAGAAGCGAUGGUGGCUCAGGCCACCAAGCAUGUCUGCCAUGUCUCGCUUGCACCCACUGGAUGCGGUGAACUGUAGUGUGGAGGAGGUAGAGCAAUGCUAUAGCGGAGCUUGUGUGCUGGAACAGGAGGCUGGGGAUGUGGUCUACAUCCCCGACAUGUGGGGGCAUGCAGUACUGAACUUGGAGAACCACACCGUGUGCGCAGCCACCGAAUUUGCUUAAGCUCCAGCUGAAUCAACCCGGUGGGACAGCAGUAGAAAUGUGAGUCAGAGAUGGGGUGUGAC